AUGGCUGCCAUGGCUACCUCUGCUCGCGAUAUCCCGAAGACCACUGGUCGAGACAGCUUUGCUGCUGUAGCGGCCAGGAGCGUUCCUGUGACGAAAGUCCAAAACCUCCCGACUCCUCCCAACUCGAUCUCUCCCAACUUGCCUCCCCACGGGAAACCCUACGGUACUCGUUCGGCUGUGGCCCAGGCGUUGGAGCAGGUAGACUCCGACCUUGACCUUCACGAAGGUCAGACGGCAAGCGACAAGGAUACGUUCCCCGAGAAGAGUCCUGAUGUUGGAUCGCCCGGAUUCGAUACGGCAGGCUCGAUUACGCCGACAUUGUUGGCAAGACAUCACCUCCCCGAGAUUCUCUUGGCUCACGGUCCACUGGCUAUUCGUCACAUUAUGGGAUAUCUUACUACCUCAGUCCCGGGCUUUUCGGGUAUCCCUCCUGCAAAAGCCCGGAGACUCGUGGUGGGUGCACUGGAAGGUCGAGGUAGCGGAGGUGAGGGGGGUGGGUUGAAAGGCGACGUCAAAUUUGAGAAGGUUGGAUGGGGACGCUGGGAUGCAAGAUUGAAGGGCCAUGCUCGGAAUAGCAGGUCUAAUCAACAAUCACCCCCACCCAGCGGGCCUUCCUCCUAUUCGACUGCUAUGCCUAUCAACAAAACGAAACACUGGAAAGGAGACCGAAGUCGCUUGACCGUGCCGGGAUCCAGCUGGGCUGGCGACUCAGCGGUUUUCUCACAUGACGACGAAAUGGAUUUGACGAUGUUGGAAAACGAAGCUGAUAAGAUGUCUCUCGAUGGAGAUGAAUCCUGUUCUUCUUCUGAGGCACCUCCAGAGGACGAGGUCAUGGACGACGAUGAUCCGGACGAUAUCACUGAUGACGAAGACUGGGCAGCUGUUGGCGCUGCAGCCCUUCGCGCUGCUUCCUACUCGGCCUCUGGUCCUCGAGCAAGCUUUCUCAGACCAACUACAUUAUAUUCUGGGGGAUCCUACGGCGGUGGUGGGCCAUCCCUCAAUAUUAUGGCGAAAUCGGUCCCUUUGCAUUCUCCGCAACCUAAUAUUGAUUUUGCUGCUUGGGGCAUGACCUCUGAUUCUCAAGAGAGAGAAGCCAUUGAAGCACUUUUACGACUCGGUUCUGUAUAA